UACAGAGUUUACCUGUCUCAGAAUCCUGUGAUACCUGGUCCUAUGGCAUGGUGUUGUGGGAACUACUGACACAUGAGGUGCCAUACAGGGGCAUCAAGGGGUUCCAAGUGGCCUGGCUGGUCGUGGAGAAAGGGGAGAGAUUAACUAUUCCCAGUACGUGUCCACCAUGUUUUGCCAAGUUGAUGAGGCAGAGCUGGAACACUGACCCCAAACUCAGACCCAACUUUAAGGACAUCCUCCUGACAUUACAUUCCAUGUUAAGUGAUGAUUCCCUGCCAGAUCAGACAAAUUCCUUUCUAGAGCACAGAGAAGUGUGGAGAAAAGAAAUACAAGCUACCAUAGAAAGACUUAAGAGAGCAGAGAGUAAUUUGACUGCCAAAGAAAGGGAGCUAAUGGAACGAGAGAUUAAAUUGUUAGAAAGGGAGAAAACCCUGGAACAACAAUUCAAAGCUGUGCAUUUGGAUUCCUAUGAUGUCAAUUCAUGGAGUGAGAUAGACGUGUAUCAGUGGAUUCUCCAAAUGCAGAAUGGACACUCUAGUGACCUUGCCCAGUAUGCAGGCAUCUUCCUUCAGCACAACAUUACCGGCAAGCGACUGAUGAUGUUGAAUCUAGAACGCAUCCAAGCUAUGGGCAUUACCUCAACUGGGCACAGUAUGGAACUAAUGACAGAAAUAGAAUUGUUAAAGGCCCAUAACCACAGGCUGCUGAAUUUUCCACCGCUGUCUAAAUCUGAUGACAUGCCAGUGGAUACUUCUCCAGUUCAUCGUCAGAUUUCCCUCACCCUCAUUUUUGGACAUCAUCUCAGGCAGGGAAAAAGUUUAGAGAAAAAAUCUGCAGACUGAGAUACUUGUACUGAGGAAAUACCUGCUGUUGAAGAAAAAACCCAAGACUUGUUUAGGUAGAAACAACAAUAUGGUCGUCAGGAAUUUUUCUUGAAUUUCCAGCAUUUCCAAAAAUGCACCUUGCAGGCAUGGAUUGAUUGUUGUAGCUUAACACUUGUUACAAGAUUAUUUAACCCUGAUGAGAAGUCACAAGAUGCAGUGAAUGACACUUGGGAGCAAUGAGGAGUGAGGGUUCUUUAGUGUGCCAAUAUCUGCUGUUCCAACCUUUACUCUCUCAACCAAAAGACCUCCAACUUUACAGCACCAGAAUACAUGAUUAGCUACUGGGAAAAUUUUUACAUACUUUUCAUAUGUAACAAUAUUUAGGGAAUAACUAUCUUCUAAUUUGGUAUUUGCGACCGUUAAUGCUGAUUUAACGGUCGCAAACUGAGUUACGCGUCACCGGUAAAACGGAUGUUUGCGACCCUUAAAUCAGCAUUAACGGUCGCAAAUACCAAAUUAGCAGAUUAGUUAUUCCCAUUCUAAUGCAACACAUGCAUUUUUUUGGUUGUUUACGUCUCAUUUUGAUGAAUUUUGUUACAAGAAAUACGUCACGGAGCAUUGUGUUUUUGCGUCGCUAUUAUGACGUCACAAUGAAAUAGCUUUCACGCUCGUUAAUGCUCGUUUUACUGCUUCAAACAUGAGCGCAUUAGCCAAUCAAAAAGUGUUUUACAAAUCUAUUGCAUUAGAAUGCAAGUUUACAGUGUUGUUCUACAUGUAAACAGCAUGUACAUCAUUUUUUAGAUAUACAGAUGUGAUGAAAUAAUUAGGAACUCUAGUUAGUGUACGGUUAGUUUUACCCCACAUGUAUAUAUGUUAUAUCUCAUAAAAAAAUAGUUAAAAAAAUUAAAGUUUGAAUAUAAGGUAAAAGCUAAUACAUGUAGCUAUUUAAAAUGACUGAGUGAAAUCAUUAUAAACAAACCUAUACAAGUAAAAUAUUUUUGUAUAUUAAAUUUCAUCAAUACAUGUUUUGGAUACCGAAUGGUACUGUCUGAUAUUCCAUAGUUAAAUCUGUCAUACCUGUCAUCAUUUUGUCCUGAAAUGUGAAAUACUUUAUUAAUAAAGUAUUUUACCUGUG